GUGCCCGCCGGCUGAGCUCCCUCCCGCCCUGCUGCGUGCUCCGAAUGGGAACGGGCAGCCCCAGCGCUGCGGGCCGUGCGUGGCUGGGAGCGUCAAGGUCAGGCAUCGCGGGAGAGAAAACUUUGCGGAGUUGCCUUAGGCAUCACUGUAAACUCGGAAGUGUUGGAGCUGGAACGGUGUCUGUGAAGAUGAAGGCUUUGCUGAAUUAAACCGUUUGAUAGAGAAGAUCCUGAGAAGAUGGGGGAUAAGACUGAACAGGAGUUUUAAACUUUGAGGACUCAUCAUGGAAGACUCCGAAGGACAUCACUUCAGCUCAGUGGAAGAGGAAACCAGAUACUGGAAAGAGUUGGCUAUGAAAUACAAGCAGUGUGCUGAGAAUACGCAGGAGGAAUUGCGUGAAUUCCAAGAAGGGAGUCGAGAGUAUGAAGCUGAACUGGAGACGCAGCUGCAGCAAACAGAGUCCAGAAACAGAGACCUUCUGUCUGAAAACAAUCGUCUGCGAAUGGAACUGGAGUCAGUUAAGGAAAAGAUUGAAAUGCAGCAUUCAGAAGGAUACAGGCAAAUCUCUGCUCUGGAAGAUGACUUGGCACAGACAAAAGCUAUUAAAGAUCAACUUCAGAAAUACAUUCGAGAACUUGAGCAAGCAAAUGAUGACUUGGAAAGAGCAAAAAGAGCCACUAUAAUGUCUCUGGAGGAUUUUGAACAGCGUUUAAACCAGGCUAUUGAAAGAAAUGCUUUUCUGGAGAGUGAGCUGGAUGAGAAAGAAAACCUUCUGGAGUCUGUGCAGCGCCUGAAAGAUGAAGCUAGAGAUCUACGGCAAGAGCUUGCAGUGCAGCAGAAACAGGAGAAACCCAAAACACAGAUGCGAACUACCAUGGAAACAGAAAGAACAGACACUGCAGUUCAAGCAUCCUUAUCUGUGCCUUCAACUCCCUCGUUGCACCGGGCACCCAGCAUCAACAUACCCACCCCUGCGACGUUUAGGAGAGGUCUUGAGGACAGUUAUGGUGCAACCCCUCUCACACCUGCUGCAAGAAUAUCUGCACUUAACAUCGUGGGAGACUUGCUGCGAAAAGUGGGGGCUUUGGAGUCCAAACUUGCAUCUUGCCGAAACUUUGUGUAUGACCAGUCUCCAAACAGAACCACGGUGUCCAUGUACAUGAACAGAGAUGUCCUUGAAACACGCCUGAGUCCUCAUCAGUCUCUGUGUGAUACAGGGUUAGUGAAACGCCUGGAGUUUGGAACACGGCCUUCAAAUAUUCCGGGACCAAUGAGCCAUCCCUCGCAAAGUGUUGUCAAGAUGCUGCUAUGAAAAGCCUGGCUGGCUUUGGAAAAGGAAAAAAAAAUUUUUUUAAACUUUAGUUUUAAAGACAAUAUCAAUGACAAAUCAGGCAGCAGGCUCAGGGUAGGUGAGAAAUGAACAAGAAGCUGCAAUUGGCAAUGGCCUCCCGUGUCCUUGCCCAGUCUGUCCUCUGGACCGAGUUCUGUGGGUAGCCUGAUAAAGCACUGCUGCCUAGCAGUGCAGGACUUAAAAUUGCUUCCUACAUCAGGUGCUGUAAGUAGCUCCUUGAAAGUUUCUUCUUUUGACACUGCCGGUCAAAGCCAUUGUCCCUCUACCUACAACAGAGAAAAUAUUCCCUAUGCAGCUCCUCAGGCUUCGUCUUUUGGUGUUAAUACAGCACCAUGGUGUUCUGGCUUAAAUUCUGGUUGUGCUGGCAUUCUGUCAUAGGUGGUGUGUGCUGCAGCUGCCUGAAUUAGAGGAGUGUUUUUAUGUGGAGAGAGGUGUAUUCUGCAGGGAAGCUCCUCAGCUCUUUGUGGGAUGGUUGCUGGUCAGAAUCUUGCUACACCAAAAUCUGCCUCUCUAGUGGUAAGGUGGUUUUGUAAGCAAUGAUUUGCCAUUAAGAACAGGUCAUGGUUAAAGGUGAGGAAUGGUUAGUGCUUAGAGUACUCGGGAGAUCCCAGAGCUAACAACAAGGUAGGACACUUUGGACUGGCUUAGCAUAGAGACAUCUUUUCUUGCCAUGUUGUGGCCUAUAAAGCCUGGCUGUUGUAGGAAGCAAGAGACAGGUCCCAGUUCUAACAUUGUAAUAGGUGGGUUUUACUAAUUUCCAAAUCUCCCUUUAAUAAUGUGCCUUGGGUAUUAGUGAUAUUUUCUUGUUUUAUUUUUUUCUAUGAGAAUAUAUGCUUUCAGCUGUUACUAAUUUAGAAGUGGGGUUUUAACUUGAGAAGUCCUUUAUGCUAGGCAAGUGUAUAUCAGUAGAGAAUUAUUUUUAAAUCUGUUUUUUUUCCCCUAUAGAAUAUUACUGCAUUUUGGUUUGUUUUUUAAAUGGAGUAGGUUCACUCACACUGUUAAUGUACCUUAUGGAAGCCUGUACUUGCAAAAAUAAUCAUGACUUUUUAUGGGUUUUUGCAGGAGGUGGGGUAGGGAGAGCUUACUUGACAAAAGAAUGCAUAAAUGGGUUUGGUUUGUGUUUUUUUUUUUUUUUUGUAGUGUGGGUUGUUUCUUGGGGUUUUUUUUGGGGGGAGGGGGUUUUUUGUUUUGGUUUGGGUUUUUUUUAGAAAAUGCUGUGAAAACAGCCACUAAUGCAUCUAUUUCUCUGGAAUACGAAAUAACCACAGAU